AUGAAGCCUUCAUCCUCGCGGCUGCCCAUUGUCCGCAUCGCAAAGGGCACUUUCUACCGGCACCACCCCAACGCGCUGUCAGAGCACCCCAACCCGCCGCUCUUUAGCGACCUCAGCUUUGAGCUGCCCUCGAGCGCCUCCCAGCCGCAGCACUGGUGCGUCGUCGGCUCCUCCCUCUCCGGCAAGACGACGCUCCUGCAGGCCCUCCGCGGCCGCUUCAUCUGCGACCCGCCGACGGCGCGGUCCUACCCCUACCUGUCCUCGGACGCCGUCGUGUCGACGCGCCUCAGGAACCCCGUCCGGGCCAUUCAGUACGUUGGUUUCGACGCCGAAGGGGCCGCCGGCCUCGCCGGAUCCUCCUCGGCCGGCGGCGGCGGCGGCGCCACCACCACCACCUCGGCGUUCUUGUCGGCGCGCUACGAGUCGCAUCGCGAGAUUACCGACUUUUCGCUGCGCGACUUUUUGCUCGGCAACACGGAGCUCAAUCCGCUGCAGACGCCGCUCGACGGCCAGGGCGGUGCCAUCUCCCCGGCGCUGCUGGACCGCGUCGUCACGGACCUGAAGCUGAGUCACCUGAUGGACCUGCCGGUGACGUUUCUCAGCAACGGACAAGGAAGGCGAGCGCGCAUCGCGAGGGCGCUACUUACCCAGCCCGAGGUGCUGCUGCUCGACGAGCCGUUCAUGGGCCUUGAUCCGCCGACGGUGUCGGGACUGAGUCCGCUGCUGCAGUCUCUCUCGGAAACGGCGAGCCCACGCUUGAUACUAAGUGCAAGACCUCAGGACCCUCUGCCCGAGUGGAUUACGCAUUUGAUAUAUCUACGCAGCGACUGCCAGAUUGGAUCCAUGGGCCCCAAAGACGUUGUGCUUGACGGGCUGCGAAAAUAUGUACAAGGUGUUCAGACUGGUACAUUGAUCGAAGACAAGAAGAUGCCGCUGCGCACCUUGACCGAAGUUGGCAAAGUGCUCUCUUCUACUGGCCCUUCCUCCACGGCGAACAGCAAAGACGCCACGAUACAAGAGUCCACCUCUACCGCAGAGCCUGUAGUAGAGAUGGACGGGUGCAAAAUCAGCUACCAGGACAAAGUCGUGCUGGGAAACUGGUCGCAAAGCAUCAACGGCCAGGAGAAGCCGGGCCUCGUCUGGACCGUCCGCCGCGGUGAGCGCUGGGGCGUCUUUGGCCCCAACGGCUCUGGCAAGACCACCAUUGUCUCCAUGCUCAGCUCCGACCACCCCCAGACAUACUCGCAGCCCGUCAGGCUGUUUGGACGAUCCCGCAUCCCCGAACCCGGCUCCGGCCAGCGGCCGCUGACCUUUUGGGACAUUCAGGCACGCGUGGGCCACUCGAGCCCCGAGGUGCAUCAGCACAUGCCCCGCGGGCACUCCAUCCGCGCCAUUGUCGAAAACGCGUGGUCGCUGACUUUUGGCACAAAGGCCAGGCUGGACGCGGCGUCAAAGAACAAGGUGGACGCUGCCCUGCGCUGGUUUGCGCCGGAGCUGCGCCCCGUUGCCGGCCGCGGCGCCGCCGGCAGCAGCAGCAGCAGCAGCAGCACCGCGACCGAACAAGUGGACGACGACGACGACGACCUCGCGUGGGCAGACGAGUACAUGUUUGGCGAAAUGUCGUUUAGCGCGCAGCGCGUGGCGCUCCUUCUCCGCGCCGUCAUCAAGGGCGCAGACAUUGUCGUGCUGGACGAGGCGUUUAGCGGCAUGGACGAUGCCGUGCGCGACAAGUGCAGCCUCUUCCUCGUCGAGGGCGAGGGCAAGACGGUCGUCGACGGCGGCGAGGUUGUAGACAGCGAGCUCGCAAAGACGGGCAGCGUGACCGUGGGCGGCUUGACGGACCGGCAGGCGCUCAUCUGCAUCGCCCACAUCAAGGAGGAAGUGCCAGACUGCGUGCGUGAAUGGAUUUGCUUGCCCGAGGCCAACACUGGUCUCCCUGCGCGGUUUGGUCGACUGGACGGCCCUUUGAGAGACAAUGAGAGCCGUUGGCGGUCGAUUUGGGGGUUUGCGCCUGAAUAG